CUCAAUGGAGCUUAAUACAAUUUCACAUAGUGAACUUAUUCAAGGAGAUUUUGGAUCAAAAUGGGCAGAGGAAUCUGGGAUAAAUAAAGAUGUUACUGAGUUACUGGAGAAAGAAAAAUUUGAUGAAUACACUAAUUCAGUAAAAAUUUCAAGACUACUAACAGGCAUAGAGGUGGCCAUCAUCAUGGAGAAGUGGUAUCAGGAAAGAGGGAAUAUGGAAAUGUCUAGAAAACUAGACGAAUUAAGGGAUAGAUGGGAAAAGGAAAUAAUAAAGAUAGAAGAACAUAUAAAAAAGCAAGGUUAA